AUUCAGAUUCUCUGUUAGAGCGCCCCACUCGAUACGUUCAAUAACCAAUUGGAGAUGACUGCAAAUAAUCCAACGCUCUUUUACCUUCUCAGUGCCGUUGUUGUAAUCAUUCCGUUGCAAUUGGAUGCACAAUUGUCACCGAAACGAUACCGCAGUGUUUACGGCAAUGACGUUGGCGGACACGAGUUAAAAAAUAUAUUAGAGCUAGGCUUUGGAGCCUUAAACUUCGUACAACAGGGCCAACGUUAUAUGAAUCAAGAGAUAUCAGAUACAAUCCCACAGUUCGGAGCCGUGUACGACUUCAUAGUAAUUGGCGCCGGCACGGCCGGUGCUACGAUAGCCGCGAGACUGAGCGAGAUUCAUCAAGUUGAGGUAUUGCUGAUCGAAGCUGGAUCUAACGAGAAUUUGGUCAUGGACAUUCCGCUUUUAGCUUACACGCUGCAACUAAGCGAUGAUAUUAAUUGGAAGUACAAAACAAAAUCCUCUGAUAAAUACUGCCUCGGUAUGACCAACAACAGGUGUAAUUGGCCUAGAGGCAAAGUACUGGGCGGUAGCAGUGUGCUAAACUACAUGAUUGCAACCAGAGGCGCUGCUGAGGACUAUAACCGAUGGGCUGAGAUGGGAAAUGAAGGCUGGGCUUACAAAGACGUUCUCAAAUAUUUCAAAAAGCUGGAAGCGAUAAAAAUCCCAGAGCUAAAAUCGGACAAUAUUUAUCACGGUACUCGAGGACCAUUAUCUAUCUCUUAUCCACCAUUUCAUACGCUAAUAGCAGAAGCUUUUUUAAAAGCUGGCGAGGAGCUGGAGUAUCCACUGUUGGAUUAUAAUGGGAAAAAUAUGAUAGGGUUCUCGUAUGUCCAGACCACAACCGUGAAUGGUACUCGUAUGAGUAGCAAUAAAGCAUAUCUACAUCCCGCAAGAAAUCGCCGGAACCUUCACUUGACACGCGAAAGCAUGGUGAGGAAAGUGCUGAUCGAUCGUCGUACGAAUCGAGCAAUUGGCGUGGAAUUUAUCAAACAUAAUCAAAUUAUCCACGUGUUUGCAAGCAAAGAAGUGAUUUUGUGCGCGGGCGCAAUCGGAUCACCACAAUUAUUAAUGCUGUCCGGCAUUGGUCCGGCUAAACAUCUUAGCGAGCUCGGGAUUGAUAUUGUUCAGGACUCACCAGUUGGCGAAAAUCUGAUGGAUCAUUUAGGUUAUGGAGGGCUGACAUGGACAAUAGAUGAACCGGUAAGUCUCAAAAUGUUUGACAUCAUAAAUCCCACUCAUCCAUAUGUAAAGGAUUUUCUAACGCGACGAUCAGGACCACUUACGAUCCCGGUUGGAUGCGAGGCCUUCGCUUUUAUCGACACUAAAAAUUUAAAAAACCGGAACGGUUUGCCGGAUAUUGAACUAAUACUUAUCGGUGGUGGAAUAAAAGGAGAUAUUCUUUAUCCGACCGUAAUGGGUUUCAACAAUCGAAUGCGUCAGAUAUGGAAUAAAUAUAACAACAAUUACACUUGGAGCAUACAACCGAUCUUGUUAAAACCAAAAAGCCGUGGACGGAUAAGACUACUGGCCAAUGAUAUUAAUGUUAAACCCGAGAUCGUUGCAAAUUACUUAGACGAUCCAGAAGAUGUAAAGACGAUAAUUGCUGGUAUUAGAGCUGCAAUAAGCAUCGGUCAAACAAAAACUAUGCAAAUAUUUGGUUCACGACUAUUAAACGAUACUUUACCCGGAUGCGAAAAUUACAAGUAUGACUCCGACGAUUAUUGGGAAUGCGCGGUAAGGACGGUGUCUAUAACCUGCUAUCACCUUUCUGGUACUUGCAAGAUGGGAUCGAGAAAAGACCCGACUGCUGUUGUCGAUCCUAGAUUAAAGGUAAUUGGUGUUCAAGGACUACGAGUAGCAGACGGUUCUAUCAUGCCCGAGAUUAUAUCGGCGCACACAAACAUACCUAUCCAUAUGAUUGCCGAGAAACUGGCAGAUAUGGUCAAAGAAGACUGGAAAUAUUUGGACAAAUCGCGAACGUAAUUUAUUGUGAUAUCGUAUCAAUAAAGAAAAUAAACUUUAAUAAAAGUAUAUAAUUUAUAAUGUAUAAAAGUAAAAAUUUAAAUCAGUUUUCGGGAAACAGACAUUGCGAAAAUACUUCUAUAAUUAUUAUUAUAAAACGGUUAA